UCCAUCACGACGUUGAACCCACUGUAUUACUAAUAAAGUUGAGUCAAAUAGAUGACGUCGGGAGUUCCACGUUGGCCCGGACGUGGCAGCAGCAUCAGAGGACAGAAAUAAACGAUUAUUGCUUUGGGUGUCACAAACAGAACGAUUCACGCCUCGUCUCAACAACGACAAGAAUUUAGAAAAGCGUUGCUUAAAAUUUUGACAUUCACUCACAACAUGGGGCUUCUAAUCUCGUCAGUUUUUACCAGACUGUUCGGCAAGAAACAGAUGAGAAUACUUAUGGUUGGCUUGGAUGCUGCAGGGAAAACCACUAUCUUGUACAAACUGAAGCUGGGAGAAAUAGUGACCACCAUUCCAACUAUUGGCUUUAACGUGGAGACGGUGGAGUACAAGAACAUCUGCUUCACAGUGUGGGAUGUGGGUGGUCAGGACAAGAUCAGACCUCUCUGGAGACACUACUUCCAGAACACACAGGGUCUGAUAUUUGUAGUAGACAGCAACGACAGAGAGAGAGUGGCUGAGUCUGCAGAAGAGCUCUCCAAAAUGCUCCAGGAGGAUGAGUUGAGAGAAGCAGUAUUGCUGGUGUUCGCUAACAAGCAGGACCUUCCCAACGCUAUGGCGGUCAGCGACCUCACAGACAAACUGGGACUGCAGAGCCUCCGCAGCAGAGUGUGGCACGUGCAGGCGACCUGUGCGACACAGGGCACAGGACUGUAUGAAGGACUGGACUGGCUUUCCAAUGAGCUGUCCAAGCAGUAAUACCGAACAUCACAGGCGAGAGAGAAGUAGAGAACGAUAAAGAGCGGGUGAGAACACCUCGGAGAGAGAGACUGACACCUUUAAUCAAGACAAGUUUGGUCUUGAAGAACCUGUGCCCCUAGAGUGGACAGAACUUGUGGACAAUGCAAUCAAUACCUAUUGGAACAUGUUAUUAUGUUACUACUCUUUUUACUUUGAUCCCUUCAGAUACUUCUCUAAUCUUCACAUUUUCCCCAACCUCAUGUGUCGCAGCAGAUAAACUGUCGCUCUGUUGCAUGUUUAGAAAUUGCUGCUCUGAGACACCAUGGAGACGACUUCUCUUUCCUCUGCACAUUGUUCAGCUGGGUCGAAGUUGCCCCAAAACGCUGAUCCUGGGUCACACUUUUUUUCCUUUUUUUUUUGUAUAUGCCUAUGGUUAGGAUUGGGUGUGUUGUAAUCUGAUCCUAGAUCUGUGGUUUAGGGCAACUUCUACCUCAAACUGUUCAGCUUCACUAGACUUCAUGGACAUUUUCACUGAAACAACCUUACCCCUCACCCCUGUGACCUCAUUGCCAUUCUAUGUCACCGCAGUAAGGACAGAAUCUUCUAGAAUGAGAUGAAGACGCUGAUGCCAUAAACCUCAAGAUGUUUGAGCAAGUCUUUCUGCGCUGGGAGCCAAAUGGAACUCCUUUAGUGAAUGGACCCACUGGAGACAGUUGGCUCCUGGUACUUCCAAUUUUCUUCAUCUCAUUGUAGAGUAGGUUUGCUCUGGGUUCUCCACAUAGAAAAGAUAAGAUUCUUGACACUUGUCCUUAUUUUUUAUGCAAUAACCCAUUUCCUUUAUGUGCUUUGAUGUAAACUGGGAAUCUGAAAUGGUUAGGUAGUUGCUGCCACUAAGCAUUGAAACAGGCUGAAUACUUUUUCAUCCCCCUUAUGGUUCAGGUUAGGAUGGGUUAUCUGAUCUAGGAGCUGUGUUUAGGUACAACUUCUACCUCAAGCAAGUUGAAACCACACGAGGCUGUUUUGUGAGAAUAAGCAGCACCUAACCCAGACUGGGUCUGUUCUAAUACUUAAAUGUUUUCUUCGCUCCUGCCCUUCCUUGGAACGUUAUUAGAUUUCAGAAGUACUGGCUUGAAACAAUGCAGUGGAAACCUUGUCCUCACUUGACCAAUCUUUGAUGACCUCAAGGAAGGAAAGGGAAGAAGCAGAAAUUGUGUUUUCUAAGCAUUGGAACAAAGACAAUAUCAGUGUUGUAUAGUGCAGUGGCAUGCUUUGGCUCAGCUGCGCAUGAUUGUGGUUAGGUGUGCUCUUCUGGCUGAUUUUUGCACACUUAAUCUGACCCUUCCACACAUACCCCCUACCCAAUCUCCCUGGGCUAGGCAUACAUUCCAGCUGACUGACUGCUUCUGGAAGCUGCCUCACAACUUUGAAUGUGAUAACUAAUUGUUUUACAAAAGAUCUCUAAAUAAAUUCAACUGUUAAAUUA